AAAAAAUAAAAGUGGUUAGAGUUAUCCUACGGUGGACAAAUUUAUGGAUUUAACAGUAGUUAAAAUUAGUACAUACACUCAAAACCAUUGCAUGCUGCUUGUUCAAACUACUUAUUUACAAUGAGCCAAAUCAACACAAUUAUUGAGGGUUUUUGUGGGAUAACUUUAUUGUAUUAUGUUCAACCAACUUAAAUUUGUAAAAACAAUUAGGUUAACUUAAACAAUUGCUGAGACAACAUGAAGGAAUUGUGUGAAAUCUUGCAUUUUUUCACAGCGUAUAAUGUAAAUUUGUAGACUUAUAAGAUGGCAUCAUGGUAACAAGAGUAAAUUGGUCAAAAUCUGGUGGCAACAAUGUUCAACUUUUUUUUGCAUUUUUGUUUUUCAUGUGACAUUGCGUCAACCAGGCAAUAUUACAUAAGUUUUGAGUAUUUAAAUAAAAUUUUUAUUCAUAAACAAAAGUUGAAUAAUCUAUCGCACAGCAAUGCAUAUGACAUGAAAGCCAUUAUUCAUUAUGGAGCAAUCCAACUAUGUCUAUUUUUUUUUAGAUCAGGCUUAAAUUUACCAAUAUGAAUUGUAUAACACGUUUAACACAUCACGCCAGCUUUAAAGAAGAAAAUAUAAAGCUGAAUAUCACUUAUUUAAUAAUUUCCUGAUAUAAUCAACUGAAAAAAAAACAUGUAAAUGGAAACAACAAAGGGCCUAAGACUAACCCCUGUGGCACACCACACUUUCCUGUUUUAUGUUCAGCAUCUGUUCAUUUACGAAACCAGCAAGGUGGUUAUCUGUCAAAGAAUCUCUUAGACAGACAGCCAUCUUAUCCACAAAUAUCAAUGUGAAUCUUAAAUAUACUCAAAUUAGCUUUAAAGACAGUUAUAAACAUUGUAAAGUCCAACUCAAGUGCUAAAAUUACUAAUUUGUUUGAAAAACUUCGGCCCAACUAGAUUAGUAACAUUUAGACAGAUUGAUUUUUUUUUAUGACAAACAUUUCUUACAAUAUUUUACAACCAAAACUCAAGAUUUUCUCUCGUUAUUUUUUUACGGUCGAUUAAGAAAGACUCCCACUCUUUUCCCGACAAAAGCAGGUGUAGGAGUAUUUCGGUGGGGGCGGGUUGUUUGCGCAUGUAUGGUUUUCGUACGGUAGGUGGCGAUAUGAGACUGUCCCGCGUCACGUUACCUGGCAGAGGGAAGAUUCAGCCAUUUCGAGCGCUGUCUUUUAUUUGUAACACUACUGGACGUAAACCAUUUCCACGUCUUAAGAAGCUGGGAGAACAUCGCACGCAAACCUCCGCGAAUUCACAAGUUUCUAAGCCAUUAUUUAAGCGGUUUUUGUAAUUGUCGCUAUCAAUCUGGCAGGGUGCGGUUGAGAAACCAGAACACGGCGGAUUUAUAUGGAAAUUUAAAGCUACGGCCUUCAUCUUUUUAAAGCUUCACUUAAAUUACUCAACUCAACAAUCAACAUGGACUACGCGAAUUUGACAUUUUUUGUGUUGUUACUCAUCAAGGGCGUGCUUGGAGUCGAGCCCAAUUCAGUGAAGACGCUUGAAGUGACAGAAGGCGACCCUGUCUUUCUAGACAGUUGUGUUACCGAAAUACAGAAAGAUGAUAAAGUUGUGUGGAAGUUUGGAUCUCGUGUCAUCGCCACUAUUGCGUCUAACAGUGCAUUAUUGUAUGACACCGAUGAUGGCAUAUUCGCAGGCAAACUACAAGUAAAUGACAAAACCGGAGAUCUCAUCAUCAGAAAUCCCAGACCUAAACACUCGGGGGUUUAUGAGGUGAAGAUCACCAGUGUCAACAGUGCAAUGCCAUGCAAGACUUUCAGGGUUGCUGUGCUUGAUGCGAUGCCUACGGAGGUGUCUGUAAAGGUGGGAGAGCCUGUCAUUUUACAGCAUAAUAUUUCUGACGUACACAUGUAUGAUGUAAUAGAGUGGAUGUUUGAAGAUGGCAAGACUGCCAUCGCUCGAAUCAACAAACAGAUCAGUAAAAACCCCUCGUAUGAUGAAAAGAAUGAGAAAUUCAAAGGCAGACUGGCGCUGGAUCAGACAGGAUAUCUGACCAUCGCAGACUCCAAAACCACAGACUCGGGACUUUAUAAACUCGAGGUGAUAGGAACCAACUUAAAAGGGAACAGGAACUUUCGUGUUAUAGUCAGUGAACCGGGUCUGUCCACAGUUUAUAUUGUGAUCAUUUUGGUUGUUAUUGUGUUGAUCGUGGUGGCGGUGCUCGUUGCGAUUAAGUGUCGCAUUAAUAGAAAGACUGUAUUAUAAAAAUAACAGAAUGGAGAUGAAGGACGUCCAUUGAAAUAACAACAAUAGGUCAGAGCGUCUGUAACACGGCUCUUGAAAUAAGCAAGACCAAACUUUUUGGGCAUAAAUAGGGAAAACAUUCUUACAUAAAUCUACAUAUGCACAUUUGCUGGAAUCAUUUUGCUCUAAAUGCUGAUUUUAUUCAUUUUUUUUGUCGUUUUAAACCAUAAGUCUCAAACUGGAUUCCUGGAGGGCGGCAGCUCUGCACAGUUUUACUCCAUUUUAAAUCAAACACAGCUGAUCCAACUAAUCGAGUGUUCAAAAGAGUCCCGAACACCUAAAGUAGUUGGAUCAGCUGUGUUUGAUUAGGGUUGGAGCAAAGGAAUUGAGUUUGAGACCUGUAUGGUACAGUUAGUAUAUAAUACGAGAAAUCAACCCUGUUAUAAACGGAUAUGUAAUCUUGCUGGCUGAUGGGACUGCAGCUUUAACGCUUCUGGUAGAUGUUUUUUAGAUCAUACGUUAUAUUGACUACAUUUUUUUAAGCAAUUGUUUUCUGUUGAGAUUUAUUUAAUAUCUUAGAGGGCCAAAGAAGGGACUGUGUAAAAGAUUGAUGUUUUUUUCUUGAAUUUUCAUAUAAAAACUGUUUGCCUCGUUUUUACUGAAUAAUUACUUUAAGGUUUUAGAUUUUACUGUCAUAUAUGUUUUGUUUACAUGAAGACGGAUUGAGAUGAACGUUUGUUCGCUUGAAGGGUGAUAUGGUUGAUGAAUGUUUUCAGCUGGGAUACUUGAGCUGUUUUUGAAAUCACUGGGAUUCAUCAGUUGUAUGAAUGCCAAAUUUGUUGCACUUGCUGUAAAGCCAUUGAAUGGUGUCACUUUGAAUAUGCAGCCAUGUUGUUUUACUUUUUGUUAUUUCUCUGCUAUGGGCUGUAAUGGGAAAUGAUGACCUCUCGCCAGCCUGAUUUCACCAAGUAGGACUUGUUCCUGGAUUAUCAUCUAUAUUGAUCCUGGAACAACAUUCCGAUCAGCCAAUCAGAAUAAAGGGAUAUGUUUACUGCUUAUGUUAAGUUUAGGUUUAAGCACUUCUAUAUGGUUGUUAUCCAACUAUUAUUCCUCUCUGAUUUGGGGAAUAAUUUACAGUUGUGAUUGGGUUUAGGGGUUCGGAAUAGAUGUGGAUGGUAAUCUAGGAUUGCAUUGUACUUGGCAAAAUCAUGAUGUGUGAGGACAUCUUGAUGCCUUUUUGUAUUGUAAGAAAUGUAUGAAAUUAUAAAAAAGGAUAAAUACAGUGGUUAUUUUCAAGAUGA